AUGGGAGUUAGAUUCCAGCUACUCAUGAGGAUGAGACCAGGAGACCUGCAUGGGAAAAUUGUCCCUGGGAGUAGCAUAACGGUAGACCAUAGUGAUAUCCAGGAGUCAUUAUGCCACUGUGUGGGAGGCUCCAGUCGUAAACACACCAUUGCCCUUUAUGGGAUCUUAGCUGUCAGUCCCAGUAGUCAUAAUAGUUCGGACUCUAAGACUGCCGUUGCCCGGUGGGACCACGAGGAGGUGUCCCAAGGCUGUGUUCCAACACAUCCCCCUAGUCUAUGUUAUGCCCCCACCAGAUAUACAUCCAUAAUUCGGCCAACCUCACUGAGGAUGGCAUCAUUACUACCCAUAACAGUGCCCUCAGGGGGUCACUGCUACUUCCACCUAGACAUGGAAGAGGUGGUGAAAGGAAAGGAAGAUGCUUUCAUGAGAGUGAAGAGAACACAUGUACCAGAUAUUGUUGAUCAGAAGGAAUUGAUUGCACGUGUAAGGAACGAUAAGAAAAUUGGAUUCCUCUACAUGGUUUAUGCUGUAUCACCAGCUUCAGAACUUUACUCACCAUAUUGCCUUACUGUCGUUCCAUUUGAGGAAAUUGAUAAGACCAACUUUCUGACAAUCAGUAGUCAUGGCGUGACACACUACUAUACAGAUGACAUGGUAUUCUUGCCUUUGGACGUCUGGGAGAGAGAGUAUGACUAUUACUGCAAGUUAAUUAAGAUUAAGGUAUACAAGCAGUUUCGAAUGUGGAAAGGUUUCUAUGUGUGGAGGAAAUACUGUGUAUGGAAAAAGUUCUGUAUUGCCCAGGAAGCUCUAACACAGAACCUUUUUGUACUGAACCCAAUAUUGCGGCAAGCUCUUCUCAGUAUCCAAGCUAUGUGCUGCAAACUUGUGGAUAUGUCCUUCACAGACAUUAGUAAACUGGAAGGAAAUGCCCUUUCUGAAUUUAUGGAGGUUCAGAUGGGAAAAUUGGAUGUAGUUCAGGAGAGAUUAGCUGAAUUUCGUUCACUGGCAAAAGAAGUAAUAAAUAAUGCUUGUCACAAAGCACUGUUAGUUGUUGGUUACACAACAGAUGAUAGUAAUUUUCUGAAACCACAAACUAAGUUUCCAGCCUUCAGGAACACUAAAGAAAAAGGAAAAAUGUCUUAUGUAAAACAGUCCAACAAGAGGAGGUUUUGUGUUCGAUUAUCAUGUUUCAUACAUUUGGCUGAUUAUAUGAUGCUCCAUCUGCUUCAUAUGUUGUCACGGAAUUCACUGGAAGACAUGGUUAUUGCUUUACGCACACAUUACUGUUUUCUACCACCUGACAAGUGCCUGCAUAAUAUUGAAACAUGUAAGAAAUUGGAAGAUCCAAGGCCCAUUGAUGCUCCUCAGUUACCCAUGUUUGCUGUGGAUGUCCUCAUUAAUCCAGAGGAGCUUAUAUUGGAUCCUUCUGAGCAGGCGUUUCUUAAUACUUUUAACCAGGUAAUGGAUAUAUGGGAAAAAGCUGUUACAGGAAUAAAACCUUUCUUGGCAGAUCCGUUUUUCAGCCCCUUUACAGAGCCAAUGAUUAAUGGAAAGACUGAAGAAAAGUUGUGUGGAGAUGGCCCAAACCUUAGAAUUGUACUUAGACAGGAUAACAACUUGGUAAAAUUGAGGAGAAAUAUUAUGAAGUUUUUUAAGAAGAACUUUGAGGCUGCAGUUGUCUAUAUCCAGAGAUUUGAGUUUGUAAGACAAUUCUUUGCAGAAAACGAAGAGAAAAGUCGUGAUGCUAUUGAAAAUGAAACAGAAAUUGAAACUUUCCGUCUUUUACUGACCACAUACCAUAAUGAAUUGGAUGCAAUUGAACAAAUAGUUGAAGAACAAGCCUUGGGUAUAUUGCAUUUACAGUUUAAGCGAUUUAAAGAAGCUGUCCUUCCAUCUGUAACAGAGCUUUUAUCUGCAGUUGAAUGUACACUUCCACGGAUUGGUAAGGAAAAGAUCGAGGCAUUAAUUGUACAGGCACAGGAUGCGCAGUCAUGUCUAGAAAUGGAUCCAAAAACGACACACAACUAUGUUAAUUACCUCAGCUUCUUGGAGCAUGCUCCAAAAAUGAUUGAUAAUAUGGAAAAUGAAAUGGAUUAUGCAAAGGAGCUUUAUGAUAUUAUAAAUGAAUUUCAUGUACCCUGUGUUGCAGAACAAGAAGAAGACUUUUUGGGGUUUAAAGUUACUCUAACUGCAUUGAGAAAUGUUGUAGAUAAGAAAGUUAAUGAAAAGAGAAAAAUAAUUGGAAAGUUUAAUGAACAGAUUAAGAAAGAUAUCACUGCACUGCUCACUGAGGUUGCAGAAGUUCAGGAAGAAGCAAAUCAACAGUGGCUGAUUGACAUUGAGUCAAAUCCUGAUGAAGCAAAAGUGACAUUAGAUGCCCUCUGUGAUCAGCUUGCAGAGUGCCAGAAGAAAGCAGAAGAAUACCGAAAUUAUCAAAAAUCAUUUAAGGUUGAAGUUACUAGAUUUGACAUGCUUGAUGAUGUUAUGAAUGCUGUAAAGUUGCGUCAGCAUAUCUGGGAAAGCACUGAUCAGUGGGGGAAACAGGUAGAGGAAUGGUCUACAGUGGACUUCAAUCAGCUUAUCCCAGAAGAUAUGAACCUAUUCACUGCUAAGAAUAUGAAAAACAUUCAUAUUUUUGAGAAAGAAUUGCCACAAAAUAUUAUAGUAUCAAAGUUUAGUCAAGCUGUGGAAAGAAUGAAGCAGAAACUUCCAGUAAUUGCAUAUUUACGAAACCCAUCUUUCAAACAAAGGCACUGGAUGCAGAUAGAGCAGGUUCUAAACUACAAAUUUGAGCCUGAUGUUGUUAUAACAUUGCAGCUUCUUGAACAGAUUGGUGUAUUUUCAUAUGGCUUAGAGAUGCAGGAAAUCUCAAGCCAGGCAAGUUCAGAAGCUGCACUUGAAGUAUUACUGAAGAAGGUGGAAGGAAACUGGAAGUCUCUUGAAUUUUCUGUGAUUUCUCAUCGUGAUUAUAAGGAUGUUUAUAUUUUGGGUGGGACUGAGGAAAUCCAGUGGGUCCUUGAUGACAGUUUCAUCAACAUAAACACAGUCGCAAGCUCUAAACAUGUUGGCCCUAUUAAACCUCAAGUGGAGGAAUGGCUCCACCAGCUUGAUCUCUUCAGCAAGACCCUUAUGCCCUUGGCGAUGCAGUCUUGCACUGCUCCAGGAAUGUUAGAAAUGUUCCAUAAUAACAAUGCUCUGAUGGAACAGAUAAUGAAGUGCCUGGAGGCAUACUUAGAUUCAAAGAGAGUCAUAUUUCCACGGUUUUACUUCAUAUCAGAUAAGGAACUUCUGGAAAUUUUGGCACAGGUAAUGUGCGAUCCCCAUGAUGUACAGCCUUACCUUCAUAAAUGUUUUGAUGCUAUUGAUGCACUGGAGUUCGGAAGUUUUUCAAUGAGGGCACAAGAAGGAGCUGAACUAGAACAGGACAGAACAGGAGGACAGGAAGAAGAUACUACUGCACCUGAAAUUAAGAAAGCUAUGAAUAUUCAUACCUCUGUUAUUACUGCUAUGAUUUCAGCAGCAGGAGAGAAAGUAGGACUUGGAAAAAUUAUACUGACAGCUUCUCAGAUAAUGUGGGCUCGAAGCAUACACAGUAUAUUUGCAGCUGAGGAUCAAAAUAUUGAGAAACUUAUGAAAGAGUUUCAAGAUACAUGUUUUAAAGAAUUGAACAACCUAGCUGCAAUGGUUCGUGGUUGUCUCCACAAACUACACCGAAUGAUUUUAAGUUCACUCAUUAAUAUAGAAGUCCAUGCUCGUGACAGUGUCACAAAUUUGGUAACUGGAAAGGUUACUAAUAGUACAAGCUUCGAAUGGUUGAAACAUUUGAGAUAUUACUGGGAUGAAGAUGUUGGCAAUUGUGUUGUACGAAUGUCUAGCGCAGCACAUAUAUACGGUUAUGAGUAUCUUGGUGCAUCUCCUCGACUUGUCAUUACACCACUCACAGACAAAUGCUACCUCUGCCUUAUGGGUGCCCUUCAAAUGGAUCUAGGAGGUGCGUUAUCUGGUCCAGCAGGAACUGGCAAAACAGAGACAGUAAAGGAUUUGGCCAAGUCUCUGGCCAUUCUGUGUAUUGUAUUCAAUUGUUCUGAAGGAGUGGAUUACAAGGUGCAAUAUACAUAUUAUCUGAAUUUAUAUAUGCAAUUCAUGUUUGAGGGCAAAGAGAUGAAGUUUGUUCAGCAAUGUGCAUCCUUCGUCACCAUGAACCCUGGGUAUGCUGGUAGGACAGACCUUCCUGAUAAUCUCAAAGCUAUGUUCCGACCAGUAUCUAUGAUGGUACCAGAUUAUGCUCUGAUAGCAGAAGUCAUGUUAUUUUCUGAAGGCUUUGAAUCUUCUAAGCUCCUGGCCAGUAAGAUGACUCAGUUGUAUAAAUUUUGCAGUGAACAACUCUCACAACAAGAUCAUUACGAUUUUGGCAUGAGAGCUAUGAACAGUGUACUAGUAAUGGCAGGAUCUCUGAAGCACUGUAAUCCAAGCUUAAAUGAAGAUGUAGUCCUUAUUCAAGCAUUGCGUGACAGCAACUUGCCGAAGUUCUUGGCUGAAGAUUCUAAUAUUUUUGAGGGUAUUUUGAAUGAUCUGUUCCCUGGGACUGUGAUACCAGAGCAAGAUUAUGGUGUGCUGCAAGAAGCAGUAAUAGCAGUUAUGGAACAAAAUGUUUUACAACCAGAGCCUUGUAUGAUUACAAAAGUAAUUCAGUUAUAUGAGACAAUGAUAUUUCGUCAUGGAGUCACAUUAGUUGGUCCAAGUGGAGGAGGAAAAACAACUGUUUUGUUGGUGCUUAAAUGUGCUCUAACAAGGUUAUAUAAUUGUAAGAUUGAAAACCAAUACUACAGGCCAGUAAGAACUUACAUUUUAAAUCCCAAGUCUGUAACAUUAGGAGAACUGUAUGGGGAAGUGAACCCAUAUACUCUGGAAUGGAAAGAUGGUCUCCUGGGGAAGAUGAUGAUGACAGCUGUGAAGAGUGAGACUGAAGAUUUUCACUGGAUUGUCUGUGAUGGUCCUGUGGAUGCUGUAUGGAUAGAGAAUAUGAAUACGGUGCUGGACAACAACAAGAUUCUGUGUCUGGCUAAUUCAGAGCGCAUUAAACUAACUCCUUAUGUGCGCAUGGUAUUUGAAGUACAGGAUCUAGCACAAGCCUCACCAGCUACUGUCAGUCGCUGUGGGAUGGUGUAUAUUGAUCCAGAUGUAAUCAAGUGGUUAUCCUAUGUCCAGAGUUGGCUGUCAAAACUUGAUGUCACUUUACCAGAAGGAAGUCAUGCAAUCAUUGAAGAUCUUUUCAGCACUUACUUGGAAUCUGCACUUGUUUUCGUGAAAAAGAACUGUGAUUGUGCCAUUCAUCAGGUUGACAUUAGCAAGGUGAUGAUGUUGUGCAAACUGAUGGAAAGUCUGAUGAAGUUGCCUGAUGCUGUGGUUGUGAAGGCUGACAAAUCUUAUGUUAAAUCUUUCCUCUAUCAGUCAUUUGUAUUUGCUUAUAUAUGGUCAGUUGGAGGAAACAUCUCUGAUAGUUGUCGAGAAAUGUUCCAGGCAUUUGUAAGGGAUCAAUUUGGAGAACACCCUGAUGCAUGCAUUCCACCAUCUGGUGACUUGUGGAAUGUAUAUGUGAACAUGCAAACCAGGAAGUGGGACCACUGGGAGAGUUUGGUUCCAACAUUUAGCUAUAAUUCAAAUAUCCCAUUCUUUGAGAUUACAGUCCCAACCACAGAAACUGUAAGAAUGGCUUACAUCAUGGAGAGGUUGCUUGCAGUAAAUCAUCCAGUUCUUUUGACAGGACUGACAGGUGUUGGUAAAACUGUGAUUGCAAAAGCUGUACUGAAUAAACUCUCAAGCCAGGGGGAUCAUAUUCCAGUCAGCUUAAAUUUCUCUGCACAGACAAGCAGUGCUCAAACCCAAGAGAUCAUAGAGUUGAAGUUGGAGAAGCGUAAGAAAACUCUCCUUGGACCUCCAAUGGGAAAGAAAAUUGUUGUUUUCGUUGAUGAUGUGAAUAUGCCACAAUUAGACAGAUAUGGAUCACAACCUCCUAUUGAGCUACUCAGGCAGUACUUAGAUCUUUAUGGUUUUUAUGAUCGAGAAAAGCUCUUUUGGAAGGACAUAGAAGAUGUUAUAAUAGCAGCUGCUUGUGCACCAGCUGGUGGAGGAAGGAAUCCUCUGACACCUCGUUUUGUCAGACAUUUUGGCAUGCUUCUGAUAUCAUCACCUGAUGAAAUGACCCUUAAACACAUAUUUAAGUCAAUAAUGCAUGGUUUUUUAGAAGACUUCUGUAAACCAGUGGCUGAACUUGGAGACUUAAUAGUGAAUGCUGCUGUAGAAGUAUAUAGUUGCAUUGCUUCAGAUUUGUUGCCAACACCAACAAAAUCUCAUUAUGUGUUCAACCUGCGUGAUCUCUCAAAAUGUAUUCAGGGAGUACUUCAAGCUGAUUCAGGAACAUUCAGAGAUGCAAGUCAUAUACUCAGGCUUUUCUACCAUGAAUGCUUGCGUGUAUUCCAUGAUCGCUUGAUUAAUAUGGAAGAUAAAAGCUAUUUCUAUCAUCUCAUGAAACGAAUAUGCAUAAAAUCUUUCACUACUGAAGUAAUUCCUUUGCCGGAUGACCCAAUAAUUGACCAUCCACCAGUUCUUAUAUUUGGGGACUUCAUGCAGAUUGGAACAGCUGCAAAAAACAAAGUAUAUGAGGAGAUAACAAAUAUGGAAAAACUAAAAUAUGUUCUACAGGAUUAUUUAGAAGAUUACAAUAAAACAGUGUCUAAGCAAAUGAAGUUAGUUUUCUUCAUGGAAUGCAUAGAGCAUAUUACUCGACUUGCCCGCAUCUUGAGGGCAGAGAGGGGCAAUGCUCUGCUGGUAGGAGUUGGUGGAAUGGGGAAACGGAGUCUUGCUCGCCUUGGUUCUCAUUUGUGCAAUUACAGGUGUUUUGAACUUGAACUUAAACGUACUUAUGAUCACAAUUCAUUUCUUGAAGAUAUCCGAAGAUUGUAUUUUAAUGCUGGUGCUAAAAAUGAAGCUACAACUUUCCUUCUCACUGACACUCAGAUCAUGCAUGAGGAGUUUCUUCAAGACAUCAGUCAUAUCUUGAGUUCAGGAGAAAUUCCAAACUUGUACAAUGCUGCAGAAGAAUAUGAAAAAGUUAUUCAAGAUACAAGAUCUUCUGCACAAGAGGCUGGUAUAUCUGAUGGAGAUAGAGAUGGAAUAUUCUCUUUCUUUAUUAACCAAGUUAGACGUAAACUACACCUUGUCCUUUGUAUGAAUCCUGUGGGAGAUGCUUUCAGGAGGCGAUGUAGAAUGUUUCCUUCUCUAGUGAACUGCUGCACUAUUGACUGGUACGUGGACUGGCCGCAGGAUGCAUUACUCUCAGUUGCCCAGGAUUCUCUCAAACAUUUGGGUGAAGAGGGACUUGUAAACAAUCUAUCUAAUAUCUGCAUCCUCAUGCAUGAGAGUGCGGUACAUACAACAGUUCGUUUUUGUGAAGAGAUGAGGAGGCAUUAUUACACUACGCCCAGUAAUUAUUUGGAACUGAUUAAAUUGUAUAAAACCAUGUUAGAAGAGAGGAAAGAUAAGAUUAAUAAGAAGAAAGAUAGAAUUUCUAAUGGACUUCAGAAACUGUUUGAAACGAAUUCUGUAGUGGACAAAAUGAAAGCUGAAUUUCUUGCUCUUGAACCUGAACUGAAGGAGAGGUCAGUGGUUACAGCAGAACUCAUGAAGAAUCUGGUGAAAGAACAGAGCCAGGCUGAUAAAGUGAGGCAGAUUGUUUUGAGUGAUGAAGCAGUGGUAAAGGCAAAAGCUGCAGAAACACAAAUUUUGGCAGAUGAUGCACAGAGGGACCUCGAUGCAGCAAUGCCUGCUAUGGAAGCAGCAACAAAAGCACUCGACUCCUUGAAUAAAAAUGAUAUCAAUGAGUUACGGGCGUUCAGCAAGCCACCACACCUUGUCAAAUUUGUUAUGGAAGCCAUAUGUCUUCUUCUGGGGCAGAAAUUGGAUUGGGCAUCUGCAAAAUUUGUCCUGGGAGAUACAGAUUUCCUGAAGAAGCUCCAACAGUAUGAAAAAGAUAAGAUAUCUGAUGCUUUACUUAAGAAGCUGAAGGAAUACAUUGAGCAUCCAGAUUUUGUCCCCGAGAAAGUGGCCACACAGUCCAAAGUGUGCAAGUCCAUGUGUAUGUGGGUCCGGGCUGUUGACAUGUACGCUAAAAUAUACAGAGUGGUUGAGCCCAAGAGGAAAAGGCUAGAAGAAGCUGAAAAGGAUCUGAAUCAAGUAAUGGGCAUGCUGAGGGAGAAGCAACAGCAUUUGGCUGAAGUAGAGAAACAGAUCGCUCAGUUAGAAGCAUCUUAUGAUGCCAGUCUAGCAGAAAAGACUGAGUUGGAGCGAGUCAUAGAUCUGACUGCAAACAGACUCACAAGAGCAGGAAGACUGACUUCAGCCCUUGGAGAUGAGCAAGUUCUGUGGGAAGAGUCAGUUAAGGGUCUCAAUGCCAGUUUGGCCACUUUGCUUGGUGAUGUGCUGGUAGCAGCAGGUUUUGUUGCAUAUCUUGGGCCCCUCAUAAGCACAUACCGUGAUGAGUUGAUGGGGCUUUGGAUUUCUCACUGCAAAGAGCUGUCAGUUCCUGCAUCAGAAAAUUUCAGUUUGACUGCUGUUCUGACAGACCCAUAUGAAAUCAGACAGUGGAACACAUUUGGUCUACCAAAAGACAAAAUAUCUAUAGAGAAUGCUAUCCUUGUAACAUGGGCUAAAAGGUGGCCCCUUUUGAUAGACCCACAAGAGCAGGCCAAUCGAUGGAUUCGUCAGAUGGAAGAUGCUAAUGGUUUGAAAAUAGUCAAACUGACAGAUUCCAAUCUCAUGCAUGUUCUUGAGAGUGGGAUUAGAAUUGGUAAUUCAGUCUUGCUUGAGGAGAUAGGAGAAACACUGGAUCCGAUAUUAAGCUCUGUGCUUCUCAAACAGACGUUUGUUCAGGCUGGGAGAACUCUGAUAAGACUUGGUGAUGCUGAUGUUGAAUACAAUGAUAGUUUUCGUUUGUAUAUGACAACUAAACUUCCUAAUCCGCAUUAUUUGCCAGAGAUCUGCAUUCAGGUGACAAUGAUAAACUUUACAAUAACAACAUCGGGCUUAGAGGAACAGCUGCUGAGUGAUGUUAUAUGCUUGGAGCAACCAGAGUUAGAACAGCAACGAAAUGAAUUGAUAACCAGAAUUAAUAAUGACAAAAAUCAACUUCAAAGUAUAGAGGAUAAAGUACUGAGAAUACUGUAUGCAUCAGAAGGGAAUAUAUUGGAUGACGAAGCCCUAAUAGACACACUAAAUGAAAGCAAGGAAACAGCAGGUGUUAUAGCAUCAAGAUUAUUGGAAACAGAGGCUGCAGAAGCGAACAUAUCUGUAGCAAGGGAGAAAUAUCAUUUAGUGGCAACUCGUGGAUCCGUUCUGUACUUUGUAGUAGCUCAGUUAGCUGAUAUUGAUCCUAUGUAUCAGUUUUCCUUGAAAUAUUUCAACCAGGUGUUCAAUAAAGUGAUCAGUACUACUGAGAAAGCUGAAGAUUUAGCAGUUCGUCUGCAAAUUCUGUUAAAUGAAAUAACACUUGCAGUUUAUACGAAUGUGUCAAGGGGUUUGUUUGAAAGGCACAAGCUUAUAUUUAGCUUCAUGCUAUGUGCAAGAAUAUACAAAGAAGCUGGAAUCAUUAAUGAACUGCAAUGGAAUUUUCUACUUCGUGGGCCGGUAUCUGUUGGAAUGACUGUUCCCAAGAAACCAGAUAUUGCAACCCUAUCAGAUGCCAUGUGGCUGUCAGUUAAUUUCCUUGCUGCCAAGUUUGACUCUUUUGAGGGUAUAGUUUUGGAUUCAGUUCUAAAAAUAUGUAUAAGAAUCGAAGAUUUUGAUCAGGUAAUCAAUAUUCAUGUAACAAACCACAAGUCGUCACAAAUAGAUUGGAAUGUACAGUUGGAUGAUUUUGAGAAACUGAUGUUAUUAAAAGCCUUGAAGGAAGAAAAGUUGGUGUCUGCUAUUACUUCAUAUGUGAAAGGGAAAUUGGGCCAGGCCUUUGUUGAAAGGCCUCAAAUUACAUUACAGAAAUUAUAUCAAGACACAUCCAACCUCAUUCCGCUGAUGUUUAUUCUGAGUUCAGAAUCAGAUCCUUUUGAAGCAUUUCAGCAUUUUGCAAGUGAAAUGGGGUACAAGGAUAAAAUGCAGUCUAUAUCACUUGGCCAAGAACAGGGGCUUCUUGCAGAGAAAAUGAUUUCCCUUGGUACAGUAAAGGGAGAAUGGGUAUUUCUUCAGAAUUGUCACUUGGCAACUUCUUGGAUGCACUCAAUGGAAAAAAUCAUCCAAAAGCUCUCAGAAAGUCCAGAGAAAGUCCAUCCAGAUUUUCGGCUGUAUUUAAGCGCAAUGCCUUCCAAAGCUUUCCCCAUCUCCAUCCUUCAGAACUCAAUCAAAGUGACCAAUGAAUCACCAAAGGGUCUGAGAGCUAAUCUGAAACAAGCUUUUCUUCAAUUAACUACGGACAUUUUUGAGGAUCAUCCACUUGGUCCUCAAUGGAGAAAGAUGGUUUUUGGUAUGUGCUUCUUUCAUGCUGUGAUCCAAGAAAGGAAGAAAUUUGGGCCAUUAGGGUGGAAUAUUCCAUAUGAGUUUAAUGACAGUGAUCGAGAAUGUACCCUGAAUACCAUGAAAAUGUUUUGUGUUGAUGACAAAAUUCCAUGGGAUGCAUUGGAAUAUAUUAUUGGUGAAAUAACUUACAGUGGAAGAGUGACUGAUUACUUGGAUCUGCGCUGUCUCAAGACUAUUCUUAGAGGCUUCUUUAUGUCUUCUGCUCUGGAGGAUGGCUACCUUUAUUCUGAAUCUGUGGUAUAUUAUUGUCCUGAGUCCAGAAAUUGUUUGACACUUGAAAAAUACAGGAGUUUCAUUGAUAGUCUACCUAUAAUUGAAGAACCUCAGAUAUUUGGAAUUCAUGAGAAUGCAGAUAUUGCUUUUCAGGUUAAGGAGACACAAGCAAUGAUGAUGACUCUAUUGGACAUUCAGCCAAGAGAAUCACCAGGAUCCACUGAAAAAUCAAGUGAUGAUAUUGUUUAUGAGAUAACAGAAACAAUCUUAGGAAAACUAAUUAAAACCAUUAAUGCAGAUGAAUGCUUGCCAUCACUUCUCCAGCCUGAUAGGAAUGGUCGAUUACCCUCACUGUCAACAGUUUUACUUCAAGAAGUGAAUCGAUAUAACACACUACUCAUCAAGGUCCGUGCAUCCUUGGAUAACUUACAGAAGGCCAUCAAAGGACUUGUGGUUAUGUCUGAUGCUUUGGAGGAAGUUUUUAAGUCAUGUUUGAAGAAUCAGGUUCCCAAAAUGUGGGGAGGAAUUGCUUAUCCUUCACUGAAAAGUUUAGGGAGUUGGAUAAGGGACCUGCAGCUAAGACUUGAUUUUAUAAAGGUUUGGUUAAUGGCAGGACCACCACCCUCAUAUUGGCUGUCUGGUUUCUUCUCUCCUCAAGGCUUUCUUACUGGUGUCCUUCAGACAUAUGCCCGUAAACACAGUCAUCCUGUUGAUGAACUGAAAUUUGACUUCCUGGUGUUGAAAGCAGUUGUGAACCAAGACGAUAUAUAUGCUGCUCAUAUGGCAAAUGGCCAGUUUGAAGUACCAGAAGCGUAUGGAGACAUUGUGGAACCAAAAGAUGGAGUGAUUGUCCAUGGAUUGUUUUUAGAUGGUGGACGAUGGGAUAAUGAGAACAUGGUUCUUGUUGAUUCAUAUCCUGGUGAAAUGAAUCCACCGCUACCGGCAAUGCAUAUUUUACUGAAAUCUGAAAUAGAAUACUCUGGGAUUCGAUAUGAAGCACCUUUGUAUAAGACAUCAAUUCGUGCAGGUGCAGUGUCAACAACAGGACAUAGCACAAACUUUAUUGUUUCUGUGUUGCUCCCAAGCAAUCAACAGCAAAGGUAUUGGAUUCUUAAGGGUACUGCACUUCUGACACAAAUUACAGACUAAAAUAUUUUCCCCACUCUAUCUUCAGUGCUACAGUUCAUACAAAUAUUAUGUUUUUGGACAUUAUCCAUUGUCUUGUCUUUAUCUAAAA